AUGAGCCACAUCAAGCAGUUUAUCCUCGAUGAAUGCGAUAAGUGCCUCGAGAAGAUGGACAUGAGACAGGAUGUGCAGAAAAUCUUCGUCCAGUGCCCAAAGAAGAAACAAGGUAUUCGCGAUAUGGCUUGGAAAUUAUCUAGAAUGCUCUUUAGGUUUUAGUUCACUUGCUGUAGAAGUUUAGUCUCACUUCAUCAACGGAUAUGGUAUCCUGUUCUUCGUCCUCUCCGAAAUUUUACUCAAAUACCACCUCCAACCCCAAACCUCUCCUCCACUGCAACAAACUUUCAGUCAUGAUGUUCUCCGCCACGAUGACGAAGGAGAUCCGGGACGUCUGCAAGAAGUUUAUGCAGGAACCGCAUGAGAUUCGAGUUGACGAGGAAUCAAAGCUCACCCUCCACGGUCUGUUGCAGUACUUCGUCAAGCUGGAUGAAUCUAAGAAGAACCGCAAAUUGAACGACUUGCUCGAUGCGUUGCAGUUUAAUCAGGUAUAAGAACAACAGAACAUUUUUAGCUGUCAGUCACAACAUCACAACAUCACUUCUUGUCAGAGAAAACUCUCAAGAACUUACACAAACUCUCGACCACUCUCUACUCGUUACCUCGCUUUGACACACCCUGAACCAUUCACCCUUCUCACAGGUCAUCAUCUUCGUCAAGUCCGUUCAGCGUGCUAUUGCAUUGGACAAGCUGUUGCAGGAAUGCUCCUUCCCGUCCGUCGCUGUCCAUUCCGGUUUGAAGCAGCCCGAGCGUAUCGAACGUUACAAGAUGUUCAAGGAAUUCCAAAAGCGUAUCAUGGUCGCCACCGAUCUCUUCGGUCGUGGCAUCGACAUUGAGAAGUUAAGGCAAGUGAAAAUGUCAUGUAGAACCCCGAAAACUCCAUGUAGAAGUAGCCACAGGAUUUUUUCGUUCCAAAAUUUUGAGAACCAGAAACUCCAUUUACUCUCCCAAAAUUUUGAGAAGCAGCUUGAGACAAAAAACCGCAUCCCCGUAUCCGCCGAAUUCCCCCCUGUCUCUAAUCCUCGUCAACGUCGUGAUUAACUACGAUAUGCCGGCCGAUUCCGACUCCUACUUGCACCGCGUCGGUCGCGCCGGUCGUUUCGGAACCAAGGGCUUGGCCAUCACGUUCUCCGCAUCCGAUGAAGACAAGACGGUCCUGGACGCCGUUCAGAGCCGGUUCGAGGUCGCCAUCAACGAGUGCCCAGAGACCAUCGACCCGACAAGCUACUUGAACGCCUAAACUUCUUUAAGGGAGGUGGUAGUAGAUGGACCUCUUCUUCUGUGUACCAGUCAAGGGCAUGGUAGUAGAUGGACCUCUUCUUCAGUGUACCAGUCAAAGAGCACUAAAAGUGGUUCCUGGAAGCUGCUUGAGGAAAGACGAGCACGGAACAGUGAAGAAGGGGGAACUGGUGGAGGUCGAAAAAGACAGGUGGCUAGGUAGCUGGGGUUUAGAACACGAAGCAGCGAAAGCCGGAGUAGUGCUGUGUCGAGGUGCUGCUGUCUUCUAGAAAGAACGAAGUCGUGCGCAACAAGGAGAAUACUAUUGCUGCGAUUGAGCACUAGGACUGCUGCUUUUUCGACGCGGAGGUAGUUCACUCUUCGUUCUGACUUCUUGACACCACCCUUUCUGACACAGCGCUACGAAGGUCCGAGUCUGCGCGCGCGCGCGUUCGAGCCCUUGAAAAAUAAUGAGAAAUAUGUACUCCGUUGUACUUAUUAUCUUCAUGUAGUAGGGAUUGAAAUUUGGAGCACUUGAAACAUCUUUUAUUGUAGUAUCACUCAGAGAAUUUAUGUCAUAAAUCUGUAUUUGUUUAAAGAAGCACAUCUGACUACGCAGCCUUGAUUUACGAAUCUAUAAUGUACCAAGUGUUUGUGAUCACGACUCUAUGGGUAUUUUUUGUCGCUUCUAAUACUUCUGAAUAAUAAUGAAAUAAUUGAUUUUUCGAGAUGAUGUGUACCAGACGAGGAAAUCGUGGUCAAGAAGAUUUCCUCGUCUCAAAAAGCUGAUUAUAUGACUCUGACCUAUGAAUUUGAAUUUGUGUUAGUUGUAUCAAGAAAUCAUUAUACGCGCUUCGACUCCCACCUAAUUGACUGUGCAUGUCUGCUAGGAAGGAGGACACCACGCACAAUCAUCUGGGACAAUUAAACGAAACCUAUUGUCAUGGUGUUUUCAGCUUGGUGUGGCUCUCCGAUGCCGCAUGCGGACCCUUUGAUCUAGAGACGCGCUAUCAGUAGUACAAUCUCCUAGAGAAGAGAGGUUUCAUGUCACACCACGCCCUAAAUCUCUUAAGAUCUUCUAAAUCGUGUUGAAGUUGAACGAAGAAGAAAGUGCGCAUUUGAUGAGGAAGGUGCUCACGCGCUCUCUCUCUCGAACGGCAUUGAC